ACGAAUGGAAAAGGAAGACGCAGGAUGUAGCCGAGUGCGCUUCGCUUUCCAUUCAAGCCUUUCCACUUACAAAGUGUGUCUCUUCGACUCACUAGAGUCCUGCCCGUGUGUGUUUGCGAUUUUGAGGCGGAGAGGGGGGGCCACCUCCUCUCCUGCUAAAAAAAAAAAAAAGAAAAGAAAACACCCUGCCCCCCCACCCACUCCUCCUUCGCACCUUGCUUGAAUUCCUUCGCCACUUGUCGGCUUCCGUAGUCUCGUUGGGCUCGGCUCCGGGACUUGGGCGUCAUGCCGGCCACACACCUGCGGUCCGGUCCGUUUGCGUGCCAGGUGCUUCCACUCUGAGUAGGCUUUUUACUCCCGUGGGGGAGAGGAGUGGAGGGCAUGCCCCCCGCGCCCCUCCAAGCGGACGAGAAGAAGUAGAAGAGGAAAGACGGGAGGAAGGAAGGAAGGAGCCGUAUUAUGUUCGAUCAGGCCGCGAUGGGCGAUGGGAGCCCCCACCGCUGCGGAGCCAAGCCGCUGUGUCCGGAGCGUGCGGACGCCAAGUGCCGCUCGCCUCUCCACAGCUCGUCCGACACCCCCGGCACGUCGUCGUCCACGCCAACCUCUUCGAGCGAGGACGGCCACGACAAACUUUUAGGAGUGGACCCCGACUACUGCCGUAGGAUCCUGGUCAGGGAUGCCAAAGGCACCAUCCGCGAGAUCGUGCUGCCCAAGGGCCUGGACCUGGACCGGCCCAAGCGCACCCGAACCUCCUUCACGGCCGAGCAGCUGUACCGGCUGGAGGUGGAGUUCCAGCGAUGCCAGUACGUGGUCGGCCGGGAACGCACCGAGCUGGCCCGACAGCUCAACCUGUCCGAGACGCAGGUGAAGGUGUGGUUCCAAAACCGUCGCACCAAACAGAAGAAGGACACCAGCAAGGAUUCGGACAAGCGCACGUCGUCUUCUUCCGAGUCUUUGGCCACGUGCAACAUCCUGCGUCUCCUGGAGCAGGGGCGGCUCCUGUCGGGCCCCGCGCCGCCCACCCCGUCCCCCCUGCUGCCGCCGCCGCCGCACCCGGCCAACGGUUCUCUGCUGAGCGGCGGCUCCAGGGGCGGCUCCUCGGCCUCGCCCGGGAUGGGCGGCGGCAGCCCCCCCGGCUCGCUGGCCUUCGGGCUGCCCCUGCACGCUUUGGGCGGCACGCCGCCGCCGCCGCCACCGCCGCACUCCCUCUGCUUCUCAGUGCCUCUGCUAGGCGGCGCCCAUCACGAGCUGACCUCGGCCUACGGCUGCGGCUCCUCGGCCUUCGAGCCGUAUAUGAGGAUGGGCCGCAAGGAGGCCGAUCUGGGCGGCAAGAAAACCGUUUCCUAAAGUGACUGGAGCGGCGUCGUGCCGUUUCGAUCCGCUUUUGUCCGCUCGGCGUGCGAUGGCGAGCGAGGUGAGCGCGCCAAUGGCAGACACGACGGACGGCGUGGAGUGCUUUUCGUGCUCAGGCUGUGUUUGCAAUCACUCGGCCAUUUUGUUCAAAUGCGCAGUGCCUCGGAAAGGGGGAGUGGCUCGGGGGUAGCCCCGCCCCCCCCCAUCCACCUGACUGUGUCGUCAAACUUUUGCCACUCGGAAAAAUACUUCCAAUUCUUAACGUCCGGUGAAAUCAAAGUGGAAAUGGACCGUGUUUGAAAUGUGACUUAGUCACAUGUUAAUUCAAUCAUAAAUAAGUCCUAGUGUCACAAAUAAAUGAAAUAAAGAUUUGAAUUCACUAAUAAAUAAGUUGUAAUCAAUAAAUUCAUUUCAUGAAAAAAGUGCUCAAAAGAGGUCAACUAAAAUGUCCUCCCAUAACCAACGUGAAAAUACCGUUAAGUUUGUAAAAUGAUGCGCAAGAUCGAAAUUCGGGGAACGCGUGAUUCCAAACACAGCCUAUGCCAGAGGAAAAAAAAACAAAAAGAAAGAGAAAUUGUAGCAUUUAAUUGUGUUAUUUAAAUCUGUUUGUGGUUCUUGA